UGCUGUCUUCCAUACCAUAAAGCUCCAUCAGAGAGCGCUCCGGCUACUGCAGCAUCCUCGGAACGGGAGGAGGAGGAGGAGGAGGAGGGAAGCAGCUUGUCCUGUUUAUUCUAUCCAUCCAUCCUCAGCCAGUGUUCAGCACGCACAGGGAUGGACCUAUCUCCGGGGGACCCUGUGGCAUCCUUCCCACCUCCCUCCUUCCACUGAGCAGGUGUCGGGGCUGCACCCCAUCUCUUGUGAGGACCAUGCCCCGGGCUCCCCGCACAUUCCUGUGACAGGGAGAGCACCGAGAGCCGAGGAAGCCGCCACUGAGGAGGAGGAGAAGCGGAUUCUCUGGUUGCUAAGUGUCAGUGAAAAAUCAACCAUGGCUCAGUCUUCUGAUUCAAGUGUUGGAGUUACAGAUCCUGAGGAUAACACUCCAAACAUGAUUGUCUACAGAAAAAUUGAAGAUAUUAUCACCAGAAUGCAAGAUGAUAAAGCCGGUGGAGUACCUAUCCGAACAGUUAAAAGCUUCCUGUCGAAAAUCCCAAGUGUGGUUACAGGAGCAGACAUUGUCCAGUGGCUGAUUAAGAACCUCAUCAUUGAAGAUCCAGUGGAAGCAAUACAUUUAGGAAGCCUUAUAGCAGCCCAAGGUUACAUCUUCCCCAUAUCAGAUCAUGUCCUCACACUGAAGGAUGAUGGGACCUUCUAUCGUUUUCAAGCUCCAUAUUUCUGGCCUUCAAACUGCUGGGAACCUGAAAACACAGACUAUGCUAUCUAUCUAUGCAAGAGGACGAUGCAGAACAAAGCAAGACUGGAGCUAGCAGAUUAUGAAGCCGAAAAUUUAGCAAGACUACAACGGGCUUUUGCAAGAAAAUGGGAAUUCAUCUUUAUGCAAGCAGAGGCACAAGUCAAGAUUGACAGAAAAAAAGAUAAAACUGAAAGGAAAAUUCUGGACAGCCAAGAAAGGGGAUUCUGGGAUGUGCAUCGACCAGUGCCUGGAUGUGUGAAUACAACGGAAAUGGACAUAAGAAAAUGUCGUCGGAUGAAGAAUCCCCAAAAGGUUAAAAAGUCAGUAUAUGGAGUAUCAGAAGAUUCUCAGUCACAGAGCCCAGUCCACAUGGCAUCCCACGUGAUUAGGAAAACGACAAAAGAUGACCUACGAAAACAGAUUCAUUUUCUGAAUGUUCAGAUAGAUCGACAUUGUUUAAAAAUGUCCAAAGUAGCUGACAGCUUUAUUGCUUACUCGGAACAAUAUAAUGAGUACGAUCCUUUCCUUACCCCAGCUGAACCUUCUAAUCCAUGGAUAAGUGAUGACAGCAUUUUCUGGGAUUUAGAAAUAAGCAAAGAGCCUAGCCAGCAGCGUGUGAAAAGGUGGGGCUUCUCACUUGAUGAAGUUCUGAAAGAUCCAGUAGGACGAGAGCAGUUACUUCGCUUUUUGGAGUCAGAGUUCAGUUCUGAAAACCUCAGGUUUUGGGUGGUUGUCCAAGAUCUGAAGAAGCAACCCUUGCAAGAAGUUCCAAAAAGAGUAGAAGAAAUAUGGCAAGAGUUUUUGGCCCCUGGAGCACAAAGUGCCAUCAAUUUAGAUUCCCACAGUUUUGAGAAGACCAGCCAAAAUGUAAAGGAUGCAGGGAGGUACACAUUUGAAGAUGCCCAGGAGCAUAUCUACAAGCUUAUGAAGAGUGAUAGUUAUGCACGAUAUCUGCGAUCCAAUGCCUACCAGGACUUGCUCUCGAUGAAGAAGAAGACUGAGAAUGAGCAAGGGCGUAGAACCUCCCUAGAAAAAUUCACUCGCAGUGUGGGGAAGUCACUGACAUCUAAACGCCUCACUGGCCUCAUGCAAUCCUCCUGACAACCCAAGACAGAGGCGAUGACAUUGGGCACCUAACACCCUCCAGGAAAUGGUUUAGGCAUGAAAAUGGGUCACUGUGAAAGAAAGAAACCUAUGAAAAAAUGAGAAUUUUCCUGUCUAAAUCAGAUGGGUUUUUUUCAUCCCUCAGUUACAUCAACAAAUUUGCUUGAGCAGCUUUCCAAUGACCCUGAGUUGCCAAGUAUUUUCUUUUUCAUUUGUGCGUUUUAGUUUGAAAUUUGGUUUCCCCUCAACACAGUAAGAGGAGGGUUGGCAACUGAAGAAAUUUUUUGACUAAAUCAGCAAUAACUGGAGACGAGUCCGAGAUCGAUGUGAAAAUUUCCAUCUCUGUUCUCCACAGCAUCUCAGCAGCAAUGGAUAUUUUCACCACCAAGAAAACUACCUUUGCAUCAGUUUAAAAAAAACACAAGAAACUGAUUAUUCUUAAAACAGUAACAAGUCUGUUUCUCCUGCGUCCCGGACUGCAGGCAUCUGACUUAUUUUAUGUGUGUGUGUCCCUGUCAAAGAGACUAUUGAAAACAUUUGCUCUGUAUAGUCUUAUCCUUCCAAGCGCAUGAUGCUGCUCCAAAGAUAGCAUUACAAGUCAAGGUUAAACACAAGGUUGUUGAAGAAAGAAUUAUAGCAAGUCAUGUUGAUUUCUCUUGAAUUUUUAAUUAUUUUUUCCUUUUUGCCACUGCAUGCAUUUCAAGUAAAAUCUGCACAUUUGUUCACAGUAUACGUCAUUUUCUCUUCCCCUUAGUUCAUCUGCGGUGAUCAGACACAAGCUUCUAUGCUUGUGACUGGUGUAGGGGGGGGGAGUGGAGGGGCCAGCAGAAGACUUAGACUUUCUAAAGAAUCAUUCCAACUUUGUAUCUCACAGUUCAGCAAAUAAUAAGCUGAGAUAUAUUCAUGGUAACAAAAACCAAAAAAAAAUCAUAAUCACUUUAGUUAGUAGGAGUGCAAGAUAUUUCCAAGAGUAGUUGAAUAUUACAGACAAUACUUAGUAUAAUCUCAGUGAAAAGAUACAACUAGACAUGAUCGAUUUGUCACCUGUUGAAGAAACAGCUAUAGGGUUAUUUUUUGAAAGAUUGCAUUGUCACCAUUAAUUGCCAAUGUUAUUGUGGGCUGCUGUAGCAAUCUGGGUUCCUUCAAGAAAAAAAAGUUACAGUAGUAAAAAUACUAUCUGAAAGCAAAUGAUCUUGGCGUUAAUACACAUGUAGUAUUCUUGUG